AUGCGUGCUGGGAAAAAUAAGCAAGGAGUAAGAACGAAGAAUGGAGAUAUAUCCAAAGGAAUAAGUGACAUGGAAAUACUUGUCAAAGAGAGGAAAUUGUACUUGCAGAAGGAAUACAAGAUUCUCACUGAACAUAUGAACACAUACAUGGGAACAGUGGAGCAUUUCCUGCAGGAAAAUAAAUUCCUAGAAAAGGAAGCCAAACAGAAUCAGGAAGAGAGCAAAGCUUACCUCUCUUACAUAACAAAACACAGCCAGAAGUGCCAGAAUCUGAUAAUAACAUUAAAUGACCAGAAUAACGCUGAUCUGUCCCAAGUCAGGAUGCAGAAAGAGAAGCUAAUCUCACAGUAUACAGAAAAAGAGAAAGAGGUAAGGAGCUCUCUGAUGAAUAUGGAGACAAAGUACUCUCUUAUGAACAAGGAAGUUGAAGACCUGCAGCCUUUCAAAAAUGCAUCUGUUCAGCUGGAACAGAUGAAAAAGAUUAAAGAGCUGGAGAAGGAAUUGUUGGUCACAAAGAUACAGCAUUCAGAUGAAAUGCACAAAAUCAAGAGCAGAUUUCUGCAGGCCAAGGCUGACUGUGAAAUGGACUUUCAUCAGAAGAUCUGGGUUCUCACCAAGAGAGCAGAAGAAGCAGCGAUACAAUCUCUAAUUCAGCAUAUCAAACAAGUAAAAGCAGAGAAUUGGCAUCUGCGCCAGGAAUUGCUCAGACUCAUCCAAUACUCAAAAAUCCUUAAAGAAACCAAAGUGCAACUGAGAGAGCAGCAGCAGCAGCUUCUUCGGGAGAAUGAAUACACUCAGGACAUGGUACACAUGCGCCACUGGUUACACCAGCAUGUGGCGCACAAUGCAAAUGGCAAAACCUACAGCUCUCACAGCUCGUUCAGAUGUGUCCAUUAA